AUGUCCCCGUUCUUGGACAGCAUCGCCACCAUCGUCGGCGUCUUCCAGCAGCACGCCCGGGGAGAUGGGGACGGCUCCGGGCUCAGCCGCAGGAGGAUGAGGGAGCUGAUCCAGAGGGAAUUCGCAGAUUCCCUGGUGAAGCCACACGAUCCUCAGACCAUUGAGAAGAUCCUGCAGUUCCUGGAGUGGGAUGGGGACGGGGACAUCGAUUUCAACGAGUUCCUCCUCCUGGUGUUCCGUGUGGCCAAGUGCUGCUUCUGGUUCCAGCCGAGGGCCCCGUUCCUGGUGCAGAGGACAAAGCUCCCGACCGGCGGAAAAUCCCUGCGGGAGCCGGAAUUCAGGAGCAGAGGGAGUCGCCGGCAGCUCCAGGAGGAGGAGGAACGACAAACCUGGGAGAGGAAUCGUGAGGCUGAGCUGCAAGGAGACCUCAGGGUCAGGGAGGUGGAAAUCUUGGAGGAAACGAGGAGGGAUCAGCAGGAAGGUCGCACACGGAGCAGGGAGGAACCACUCCGGGAGCUGAUCCCCCGGGAACGCCGGGAACGGAGCCAGGAGCCGUGCGAGCAGCGGGAGAGCCGGAGAAGGCGGCAGCCCCCGGAGCCGGACAGACGAGAGAGGAGAGACCAGGAGGAAGAGGAGGCAGACGUGAGGACAGGCAGGCAACGCCGGGAACCCCAAGCACGGCCAGACCGGUGGAGCCGCCAGGAGCAAGGGCGUGAUGAAAGAACCCAGCGGCCACGAGGAGAAGAUGGAGAAGGAGACAACCGGCCACGGGAACCCGAAUUGCUCCAGGAGGAGAGGAGCCGCCACCGCCGGCGUGAGCUGGGACAAAGGGAGCUGGAAGGGAGAAGGUGCCGGGCGGCUGAGCUGGAAUGUCCGGAGUCCAGGAGGCCACACCAGUCGUACCUGGAGGAACCGUUAGAGAUCGACCUCGGGGAAUGUGGGAGAACAGAGGCAGAGGAACGCGGCUACAGACAGAGAACAAAGCGGGAACAGGAGCUGGAAUCGGCGGAAAGGGAAAGGGAGAUCCGGGAGGAGCAGGAGAGGAGAGAAAGAGAUGAUCCCAGAAGAAAAGGGAGAAUGAGGGAGAGAAGGGUGGAUGAGGAACGGGAGCUGGAGGUGUCUGAGUGCCGGACACGGGAAAGGGAGGAAGAAGUGGCUGCCAGAAACCUGAGAGAGAUACAGGAGAGACAAGAGCGUGAAAUUCGUGAGAUUGAAGAUGAUGGAAGGAGACAGAGAGAAUCAGUGAGGUUUGAAAGGGACAGAGAGAUCUCAGUGGCAGCAGCAGAAGCCGAUGUCAAAGUGCGCCGUGAGAUCCAGGAACGAGGUGAGGAGCUGGGAAGGAGAGAACGUCCCUGUGAGCGUGAGGAGGAAGAGAGGAGAAUCUCCCGUGUCAGAGAGAGGGAAGACGCCUUGAGAGAGCAAAGAAUUGAUCAGCAACGGGAGCUGGAGGUGUCUGAGCGCCAGGCACGGGAAAGGGAGGAAGAAGUGGCCAGAGUUGGCCAGAGAGAGACACGGGACAGACGAGAGCGAGAUAUCCGUGAGAUUGAAGCUGAUGGAAGGAGACAAAGAGAAACCCUGAGGUACGAGAGGGACAGAGAGAUCUCAGUGGCAGCAGCUGAAGUCGAUAUCAAAGUGCGCCGUGAGAUCCGGGAACGAGGUGAGGAACUGAGAAGGAGAGAACGUCCCUGUGAGGCUGAAGACAGAAGAAUUUGCCCCAGAAGAGAAAGAGAUGAGAUUCGGGCAGAGAGGAGAAUCGAUGUUGAACGGGAGCUGGAAGUGUCUGAGCUCCGGGCACGGGAAAGGGAGGAAGUGGCUGCCAUUGGCCAGAGAGAAACAAGGGACAGACGUGAGCGUGAAAUUCAUGAGAUUGAAGCUGAUGGGAGGAGACAGAGAGAAUCAGUGAGGUUUGAAAGGGACAGAGAGAUCUCAGUGGCAGCAGCUGAAGCCGAUGUCAAAGUGCGCCGUGAGAUCCAGGAACGAGGGGAGGAGCUGGGAAGGAGAGAACGUCCCUGUGAGCGUGAGGGGGAAGCAGAACCAGAGAGGAGAAUUUCCCGUGUCAGAGAGAGGGAAGAGGCCCUGAGGCAGAGGAGAAUCAGCCAGGAACAGCAGCUGGAGGUGUCUGAGCGCCGGGCACGGGAAAGGGAGGAAGAAGUGGCCAGAGCUGGCCGGAGAGAGACACGGGAGAGACGUGAAAUUGGUGAAAUUGGUGAGAUUGAAGCAGAUGGAAGGAGGCAAAGAGAAACCCUGAGGUACGAGAGGGACAGAGAGAUCUCAGUGGCAGCAGCUGAAGCCGACGUCAAAGUGCGCCGAGAGAUCCGGGAACGAGGGGAGGAGCUGAGAAGGAGAGAACGUCCCUGUGAGUGUGGAGAAGACAGAAGAAUUUGCCCCAGAAGAGGCAGGGAAGAGGCCCUGAGGGAGAGGAGAAUCGAUCAGGAACGGGAGUUGGAGCUGGAGGUGUCUGAGCGAUGGGCACGGGAAAGUGUGAAUGAAGAGGCUGCAAUUGGCCAGAGAGAGACACGGGAGAGACGAGAGCGAGACAUCCGUGAGGCUGAAAUCGAUGCAAGGAGAGAGCUAGAAGUGUAUGACAGGAGAAGAGAGAUCUCAGUGGCAGCAGCUGAAGCCGACAUCAAAGUGCGCCGAGAGAUCCGGGAACGAGGGGAGGAGCUGAGAAGGAGAGAACGUCCCUGUGAGCGGGAGGUGGAAGCAGAACCAGAGAGGAGAAUUUCCCGUGUCAGAGAGAGGGAAGAGGCCCUGAGGGAGAGGAGAAUCAACCAGGAACGGGAGCUGGAGGUGUCUGAGCGUCGGGCACGGGAAAGGAGUGAAGAAGUGGCUGCCAUUGGCCAGAGAGAAAGACACAACAGACGUGAGCGUGAAAUUCGUGAGAUUGAAGCUGAUGGGAGGAGACAGAGAGAAUCAGUGAGGUUUGAAAGGGACAGAGGGAUCUCAGUGGCAGCAGCUGAAGCCGACGUCAAAGUGCGCCGAGAGAUCCGGGAACGAGGGGAGGAGCUGAGAAGGAGAGAACGUCCCUGUGAGCGUGAGGAGGGAGCAGAACCAGAGAGCAGAAUUUCCCGUGUCAGAGAGAGGGAUGAAACCCUGAGGGAGAGGAGAAUCAACCAGGAACAGCAGCUGGAGGUGUCUGAGCGCCGGGCACGGGAAAGGGAGGAAGAAGUGGCCAGAGCUGGCCGGAGAGAGACACGGGAGAGACGUGAAAUUGGUGAAAUUGGUGAGAUUGAAGCAGAUGGAAGGAGGCAAAGAGAAACCCUGAGGUACGAGAGGGACAGAGAGAUCUCAGUGGCAGCAGCGGAAGCCGACGUCAAAGUGCGCCGUGAGAUCCGGGAACGAGGGGAGGAGCUGAGAAGGAGAGAACGUCCCUGUGAGUGUGGAGAAGACAGAAGAAUUUGCCCCAGAAGAGGCAGGGAAGAGGCCCUGAGGGAGAGGAGAAUCGAUCAGGAACGGGAGUUGGAGCUGGAGGUGUCUGAGCGCCGGGCACGGGAAAGUGUGAAUGAAGAGGCUGCAAUUGGCCAGAGAGAGACACGGGAGAGACGAGAGCGAGACAUCCGUGAGGCUGAAAUCGAUGCAAGGAGAGAGCUAGAAGUGUAUGACAGGAGAAGAGAGAUCUCAGUGGCAGCAGCUGAAGCCGACGUCAAAGUGCGCCGAGAGAUCCGGGAACGAGGGGAGGAGCUGAGAAGGAGAGAACGUCCCUGUGAGCGUGAGGUGGAAGCAGAACCAGAGAGGAGAAUUUCCCGUGUCAGAGAGAGGGAAGAGGCCCUGAGGGAGAGGAGAAUCAACCAGGAACGGGAGCUGGAGGUGUCUGAGCGCCGGGCACGGGGAAGGGAGGAAGAAGUGGCCAGAGUUGGCCAGAGAGAGACACGGGAGAGACGUGAAAUUGGUGAAAUUUGUGAGAUUGAAGCUGAUGGAAGGAGACAAAGAGAAACCCUGAGGUACGAGAGGGACAGAGAGAUCUCAGUGGCAGCAGCUGAAGCCGACGUCAAAGUGCGCCGUGAGAUCCAGGAACGAGGUGAGGAGCUGAGAAGGAGAGAACGUCCCUGUGAGCGUGAGGGGGAAGCAGAACCAGAGAGGAGAAUUUCCCGUGUCAGAGAGAGGGAUGAAACCCUGAGGGAGAGGAGAAUAGACCAGGAACAGCAGCUGGAGGUGUCUGAGCGCCGGGCACGGGAAAGGGAGGAAGAAGUGGCCACAGUCGGCUGGAGAGAGACACGGGACAGACGUGAGCAUGAAAUUCGUGAGAUUGAAGCUGAUGGGAGGAGACAGAGAGAAUCAGUGAGGUUUGAGAGGGACAGAGAGAUCUCAGUGGAAGCAGAAGAAGCCGACGUCAAAGUGCGCCGUGAGAUCCAGGAACGAGGGGAGGAGCUGAGAAGGAGAGAACGUCCCUGUGAGGGAGAAGACAGGAGAAUUUGCCCCAGAAGAGAGAGAGAGGAGCCCCUGAGGGAGAGGAGAAUCGACCAGGAACGGGAACUGGACCUGGAGGGCUCUGAGCGCCGGGCACGGGAAAGGGAGGAGAGACAAGAACGUGAAAUUCGUGGACUUGAAGAUGAUGGAAGGAGACAAAGAGAAGCCCUGAGGUACGAGAGGGACAGAGAGAUCUCAGUGGCAGCAGCGGAAGCCGAUGUCAAAGUGCGCCGAGAGAUCCAGGAACGAGGGGAGGAGCUGAGAAGGAGAGAACGUCCCUGUGAGUGUGAGGGGGAGGCAGAACCAGAGAGGAGAAUUUCCCGUGUCAGAGAGAGGGAUGAAACUCUGAGGGAGAGGAGAAUCAAUCAGGAACGGGAGCUGGAGGUGUCUGAGCGCCGGGCACGAGGAAGGGUGGAUGAAGAGGCCACAUUUGGCCGGAGAGAGACACGGGACAGACGUGAAAUUGGUGAGAUUCGUGAGCUUGAAGCUGAUGCAAGAAGACAAAGAGAUUCAGAGAGGUACGAGAGGGACAGAGAGAUCUCAGUGGCAGCAGCUGAAGCCGAUGUCAAAGUGCGCCGUGAGAUCCAGGAACGAGGGGAGGAGCUGAGAAGGAGAGAACGUCCCUGUGAGCGUGAGGGGGAAGCAGAACCAGAGAGGAGAAUUUCCCGUGUCAGAGAGAGGGAUGAAACCCUGAGGGUGAGGAGAAUCAACCAGGAACGAGAGCUGGAGGUCUCUGAGCGCCGCAGCCGCCGGACACAGGACAGUGAGGCAGAAGUGACCAUCACUGACCAGAGUGAGGCACGUGAGGAGAUCAGGCUGGAGGUCCUGGAGGAGGAAGAUGAGGAGGAGCUGGAGCAGGACCAGUACCGAUACCAGACCCUGGAUGUGGACACCAUCGAUCUCUGCCCCCCAGGACAGGAGGUGCCCAUCAGCGACCUCAGGGUCCGGUACCGCCCCGCCGACCCCGACGUCCGGCCCGAGGUCCGGCUGCUCCCCGAGCCCGCGGAGCCUCAGACCGUGGCCUACCUGGUGCACGUCAUCCAGAACCAGCAGGACCCCAAAGCCGCCACCUACCAGAUCGUGUGCCACCAGCCCGGCCAGCGCGGCCAGCCCGUGCGCGUCCGCACCCGCUCCGUGUCCCCGCGGCCACCGAGCGACCACAGAGACCGCCCCGAGGUGCCACCAUCCAAACGCCCCCAGGAAAACCCCGGUGAGGGCCUGGAUGAGCCCAGGGAAAGAUCCGGAAAGGAGGUGAAGGACGGAGCCCUGGAGGAUUCUGGAGCCCUGAGGGAUUCUGGAACCCUGAGAGAUUCUGGAGCCCUGAAGGAUUCUGGAGCCCUGCGGGAUUCUGGAGCCCUGAAGGAUUCCAGAGCCCCGAGGGCUUCUGGAGCCCUGGAGGAUUCUGGAGCCCUGAGGGAUUCUGGAGCCCUCCGGGAUUCCAGAGCCCUGAGAGAUUCCGCCGAUCCAGAGGCCGUGAAGGGCGAGCGGGUGAAAUCCAAGGAGCUCCGGAGGCGCCCCGAGGUCCCCGAGGCGGAGCAGGAGCAGCCCCAGGGUGAGGAGCCCCAGAAGGUCCCGCGGGAGCGCAGAGAGCGCCAGGCCGGCGAGGCCAAGAGCGGAAUCCCGCCGGAGCGCCGGGAUCCGGGGCGGAGAGACCCCGGAGAGACCCUCAGGGAGGGAACCCAGGAGGGCGAGGAGGCUCCCGAGGAGGAACCCAGCAAGAGGAGCCCCCGGGAAGCCGAAAAUUCCCGGGUUUCUCGGGAUGGGGGCACCAAGCAGGGCCAGGAGCCCCCGCAGGAGGCCCCGAGCCGCGCCAGGGAUGAAUCCAAAACAUCCUGA